AUGGACGCCCCACUCUCCUCGCCCACACAACGCACCCAGACUGCCGCCUCGCACUGGCCCCAGGCCGCGACAAAGGGCUACGGCAACUCGGUCCCGGCCGUCGCCCCGCGCCAGCAGUCAAAGCAGGCCGCCCCCUCCACCGACGCCUUCCUCAAGGACUUCACCCUCGUCGCCGAGGCUGCGAAACGUGCCCAGGUCGCUGUCAUGGUCAGGGACUUUGAGAACAUCGGGUUGUCCUAA